AUGGCUUCAAUCAAGCUCGCUCCUAAAGACUUUAAGGCUGACGCCGAUUUUGCUAAGGCUCUCCAUGGAACUGAUACCACUUCUGCUGGUUACACCGCUCUUCUGAAAAAGAACAAGGAUGCUCAGGAGGCCGCUGUUGACGGUUACUUCAAGCACUGGGAUAAUAAGACUUCAGAGACACAGACUGCUGAAGAUCAGCAAGCCCGUCUUGAAGACUACUCUGCCCUCACCAAGCACUACUACAACCUUGUCACUGACUUUUACGAGUACGGCUGGGGUUCUUCAUUCCACUUUUCCCGCUAUUACAAGGGCGAGGCCUUCCGACAGGCUACUGCCCGUCACGAGCACUACCUUGCCUACAAGAUGGGCAUCAAGGAAGGCAUGAAGGUCCUUGAUGUUGGCUGCGGUGUUGGCGGUCCUGCUCGCGAGAUUGCUCGUUUCACCGGUGCCAACAUUAUUGGUAUCAACAACAAUGACUAUCAGAUCCAACGUGCUAACCACUACGCCAAGGUCAAUAAACUCGAUAAACAACUUAACUUUGUCAAGGGUGACUUUAUGCAGAUGGACUUUGAGGAUGAGACCUUUGAUGCUGUUUACGCCAUUGAGGCCACUGUCCAUGCUCCUGUCCUUGCUGGUGUUUACAGUGAGAUUUACAGAGUUCUUAAGCCUGGCGGUGUCUUUGGUGUUUACGAGUGGGUUCUUACUGAUAAGUAUGACGAGUCUAACCCCCGUCACCGCGAGAUUGCUUACGGCAUUGAAAUUGGUGACGGUAUCCCCAAGAUGUUUACCAACAAGGUCGCUGAGGAGGCCCUCAAGAGCGUUGGCUUUGAGAUUGAAUCUUCCAAGGACCUUGCCGACGUUGGUGAUGAGAUCCCCUGGUGGUACCCCCUUUCUGGCGAAUGGCGCUUUGUCCAGACCGUGGGUGACAUUUUUACAUUUCUCCGCACCUCUAACAUUGGCCGCACCAUUACUAUGAAUGCCACUGGUCUCCUGGAAAAGCUUAAGAUUGCUCCAGCCGGCUCUAAGAAGGUCACAAUUGCUCUUGAAGAGGCCGCUGUCAACCUUGUUGAAGGUGCUAAGCUUGGUAUCUUUACUCCCAUGAUGCUUUACGUCUGCAAGAAGCCUGAAUCCCAGUAA